AUGGUUUUUAAAAACAUAACGUUAUUUGAUAACCAAAAUCAAUUUUUAAGUAGUGUUUGUAAUAAUCUUCAAAUGCGUUUACUUGAAUAUAAUAAUGAAGAUUCAAAAAUAAUAUGUGAUAUACAAAUAUUAAAUAAAUGUACUUGGCCCAAAGAUGUUGAUAUAAGAUUUGGCGAAGAAAAAAUAAAAUAUUUGACUCAGCGAAUUUUGAUUAAUACAGAUACUGCUAUUCGGGGCAUGAGAAAAUUUGUUGAUAACAAUACCAUUGUGAUAAAUGAAGAAUUAAAAAAAUUAGAUGUGCUUGUAAAAACUUUACCAGUAUCUACUGCUGAGUGUGAGAGAGGUUUUAGUCUGAUGAAUUUAAUAUGUUCUGAUCUCAGAUCUAGGUUAACUAUACAGAAUAUUUCUAACCUUAUGUUUAUAAUUUUAUAA